UUUUAAAGUUCAGCAAAUGUCAGAAAGAACGAGAGAGUUUGAUAGCCAAGACUACAGUGCAAGAAGGUUUUGGGGAAAUAGACAGGAGAUCAAUCAGGAAAAUGUAAGAACCCACCCUCCAAUGAUUAUUGCCAGCCAGAAUUACGUCCCUAGAUAUGACAUGUACUGCUUACAGCCUCCCUCGCAAUAUUACGGAAUGUAUCAGGAGCCAAUAAACUGGGCUUUUCAGAGAUGGAACCCCCGGAACUACUCGCAUAUGGUCUGAAAAUUUGAGGUCGCAGGAAUCUCAGAGUUUAUUAAGAUACAGCAGCAAAGAGAUUCUCAGUUGGCUCAAAAUAAUUUUACUCAAAACGACUUUGCCAGGACACUUCCUGCACCAUAUUGGAAAUCAGAAAGUGCUCCAAAAUAUACACCUAAGGCAAGGUAUAUUGAUCAUAAAGAGACUAUUGAAAGAGUAGGAGCCAAUAACAUCAAAGUUCCUUCCUUAAGACCUCUUCUACAGCUUACUAAAGAUCUGAAUGUUGAGAAUAAAGAAACUGAGACAAACCAAAUUGAAGAGGAUCCUAUUAAUACACAUAAAGGAGAUAUGGGACCGAAAUUUGAAAAAGUUUCCCAAGAUGAUGCUUCAUCUGUGGAUAAAGACAAGAAUGAAACUCCUCUCGUCUCUGAUAACCCUGACAUCGUUAGAGAGGAAAAACAAGAAGUUAAGCUUCAUGGGAAGAAGUCCAGAUUUCAGGAAGAGGUCAAGGAGUUAUCGAAGAAAUAUCAAGAUGAAGACCUUCAAGAUCAACUACAAAUUGAAGUAUCGCAGCCUUCCAAGAAGAACUAUAAAGGAAUUAGAUGGGGCAGAGCUGAAGAUAAAAAGCUGUUUGCUCUCAUUAGGACUCUCCAAGCAGAGGGUAAGAUAGGCAUCAAUGAUAUCCUUGCAAUGAACCCGAAUAGAGAAGCCUAUACUAACCAAGGAAUCAGAAUCCUUGCAAGAAGGUUUGGCUGGAAAUCAUUGAUGAAGAACCUGGUCCAAAGGAUCCAGUCUCUUUAUAAGAAGGACUUCUCAGUAAGAGAGAUUAAGACUCUCAAACAAAUCGUUAAGAAGGAGUAUGAGUAUAAGAACUUAGACUACGACAAAAUAAUAUACCACUUCCCAGGCAAGACGACGGAAAGACUCAGAGAGAUCUGUGAACAAAUUGUGGAAUGCAGACACUCCAAAAAUUUGUCUAAUUUCAGACUUGAUAUGUAA